AUGUCAGUGAUGCUGAUGAAAAGGAGAGAAGAUCAUGGAUGGAAAAAUAAGAACCUACCUGGUUUAAGAAUGGGAGAUCAAAAUGCGAUGGAUCAAGGUGGUAGAACAUAUAACCAUGAAAAUUGUUGCAGCAAUGGAGUAGGAAUGGGAAAAGAUGAUAUAAUUGAAAACAAAGC